AUAUCCCAAACACCAGACGAAAGAGCCGACGCAUAGUAACCCCGUAAAACAACCCUAGUUCUCUAUCUAUAACUACUUACUCAACCACCCACCCAUCCACAAAACACAACAUCACCACCACCACUCCAACGCACCUCAAAAAUGACAACAACCUUCAUAACCCCCUCCCCCUCCUCCCCCUCGCCCACCCCUCCCAAACCCACAAUCCUCACCUUCCACGGCUCAGGCUCAAACUCCACAAUCCACACCAUCCAACUCGCCCGCUUGUCCCGCCACCUCCGCCCGCACUUCACCCUCCUCGACCUCGAAGCGCCCUUCCCCUCCAGCGCAGGACCCGGCGUCCUCCCCUUCUUCGAGGGCUGCGGGCCGUUUAAGCGGUGGUUGCCCCCGGAUACUCGGACACAGCCUACCCCCAACCCUUCCUCUACUUCUCCCGCAGAAGUGGGCGUGCAAGCGAUGCCGCAGGAAACGGAAACCGUGAUCCGCGACGCGGUGAUGAAGGUGCGGCGCGAGGGGUCACAGGUCGUGGGGUUGAUCGGGUUCAGCCAGGGCACGCGCGUGGUUGCGGGCUUGCUUCAGGCCGCUGAGAUCCUCGCGUCUGUCCCAGCGUCAUCAGGGGAGGAUGGGGAUUGGUGCAGGGACUUCGCGUUCGGUGUUAGCGUGUGUGGGUCGUUUCCACCUGGCCUUCUGCCCUCGCCUGCGCUGCGGGCGCUGGAGAGCUUGCCUGGAGAGGAGAGAAAGCGGGUUGAGGGGGGGAGGAUACGGACGCCGACGGUGCAUGUGCAGGGGAUGCAGGAUGAGUGGGAGUGGGCGGGAAGGCUGUUGAUUGAGGGGGCGUAUGAGGUGGGUGAGGGGAAGAGCGAGGUGCUGGAGUGCGAGAUGGGGCAUCAUUAUCCGGUUAAGGCGGAGGAUACGGAGAGGAUUAGGGAUUUCGUGCUCGGGGCGUGGCAGAGGAGUGUUGCUGCGGCGAGGGUGGAGAGGAGGUAGGAGGUAGAGGGUAUGGUUUUUUUUUUUUGCUGGCGAGCGCGUACAGUGUACCUUGUAGAUCAGAGAGUAUAUACAUACAGUGUAGUGAUCGGUUGUGGUGGACAUAGAGAGUGUAGUUAUAGCAGCUCACGUACUGGCAUUGAGAGGUCGAAUAUACAUAUGUCCUUGACCGUCGACAAUAGUCUCUAUUGAUUUCAUUGUGUUUACAAGUAAUUACUACUUGGUUCCUCCCUCUUGAUUGACAACAGUCUCUCUCCCUCUCGCACGUAUACAUGGGUAUCAAACACACUCUUAUCCACCCCAUGCGGCCGUUCGUCGUCGCCCGUCCCAUCA